GGGCUGGUGACGCCAUCGACCGCGUCAUUAUCUGUCGCAGGGAAGGGGGGCGAUGAGCGGGCGAGGAGAGAAGUUGGAUCUUGUCCAGGAGCAUGGUCUUGGAGGCUAUGAUUCAGAAUUCAGUGAGGAUGAAAAUGACGGUGAGACAACCAACUGUAAAAGUCAAAGAACAAAUAAAGAUGCUGCGCUACUUACAAAGCCAUUCCAAAAGGAAAAGCAUGCCCGAUUGGCUCACAAGCAAGUUGCAGUUCAAGAACGAGACAGAGAGGAAGCAAGAAACCGACGUUUCCAUCUUAUUGCCAUGGAUGCUUAUGCACGACACAAGAAAUACAUCAAUGAUUACUUACUGUACUAUGGUGGCUCGAAAGAAGACUUGAAACGCUCAACAGUGAAUGAUAAAACAGACCUGGAUGUGAUAAAAGAAAACCAUAGGUUUUUGUGGAGAGAGGAUGAUGAAGCCGAUAUGACUUGGGAGAAGAUGCUGGCAAAGAAAUACUACGAUAAAUUAUUCAAAGAAUAUUGUAUAGCUGAUUUAAGCAGAUACAAGUGCAGUAAGUUUGGAUUUCGGUGGCGAGUGGAUAAAGAAGUGAUUUCAGGGAAAGGUCAGUUUUGCUGUGGUAACAAGCACUGUGACGAGAAGGAAGGAUUGAAAAGUUGGGAGGUUAAUUUUGGUUAUAUAGAACAUGGAGAGAAAAGAAAUGCCCUUGUGAAACUGAGAUUGUGUCCAGAAUGCUCCUAUAAAUUAAACUAUCACCACAGGAGGAAAGAAGUGAAAGCAGUAAAACGGAGACAUCGAGAAGAGGAACACCACCAUGACAACCCAGCAGAAAAAAGAAUCAAGACCACAGAGAAGCCUAGUUCUAAAAGCAAGGGAAAAUCCACCCUAACAGAAAACUUUGAUUCUGACCAAGAAUCAGAAGAUAAGCCAGAUGCAGAUGAUCCCUCAGAGGCUGAGUAUUGGAAGGGACCAGCUCAGGAUUUUGAAACUAAGACCAGGGAGGACGAAUUUGAUGAGUAUUUUGAAGACAUGUUUCUCUGACCUGUGCUUUGAGGAGGCUAUCAAAGGUCGAUCACUUAAUCCCGGAGAAGAAAUAAUUGGACAAAUUCCAAUGUUUCACUUUUAAUGUAAAUAUUUAAUGUAAAACAAGUUUGAAAAUUAUGAAUCCAAACACCUUUGAACAUAACUACUAUGAAUGCUUGUUGACUUCAGAAGAAUUUUCACAGACUAGUUCCUACCUGCUAUAUUUAGCAAAAUAUUGUUGUCAUCUUGGGAAAUCGCGGACAUUUUGAAGUUGUCAAUAAUACACUUUGGAGCUUUUAAGUUUCAGUCAUAAGAAUAAUCCAAUGAACAGAAAGCUUAUUUUAAUAAUUUGGGAUCUCAUGAAAUUUUAAAAGUUAAAAUUUGCUUACUGUUGUUUGUCUGGUGUAUGUGGGUAAGGGAGUUAUUUAUCAGUGAAACCUAACACCAAAAACCAAAAUUUGUCAGUUAAUUGCAUAAAGGUGACAUUAUCAUAGAUUCCUUAGUCUUUUUACGUGAAGAACCAGUUAUAUGCCCACAAGAAUUUUGUAUCUUGGUAAUAUUUUGAAAUUUUAACACUGUCAUUUAUUCUGUUGUAUGUUUCUUGUAACUCAAAAAUGUGUUGUAAUUUAUUCUAAUUAGUUGAAUAUUUCAUAGUGUACAGCUAAUCUAGUUCUCAUCUGUUGCCCAUGCAAUGAGAUUGUGAAACGGUUUUCUGUCUGCACACAAAUCUUUUGGCAUCUUAGAGGAAAUGGCUGAUUAUCCGAUUAGAGAAUGACAUAUUGUGAAAGGCUUUAACAGAAUGCAAGCUGGUUGAUUAACUUGGCAAAUAUAUGCUAAUAUAGUUCAAACCUGCAAAAAAUGUGAAAAGUACUUGUCAGGGGAAGAAGAUCAUAGAAUAUAAAAUAGGUCCUGAGCUCUGCUGUUCUUAUUAUGGAGGAACAGAACAAUCAAGGGGCUGGAAUUAGAUCUUUAAAAGGAAGUUUGAAAUUCUGAAACUUACGUAAAGCAAUAAAAAAGGUGAAAUUAUUUGAGAUAUUGGUUAAACUGCUGUUAGAAAAUACACUUGCUCCUCAUUAUCUGCUGAUGCACUCACCAUGGAUUUGCACACCUGUGAUGUCAACCCUACACCCCAGUUUUCCCCUCCCACUGACUUGUCCAGUCUGAUUGCACAGUCCUUUGCAGUAUGUAGGAGAGUUACACUGGAGUGGUAUCCAAGUUUUGUGACAUCUGUGUGAAACCUGUGUUCCUGUCCCCUGAGAUUAACAAGAAUCUGUUGUCUUGCACACAGCAUAGAUACCUGACUAGCAACGGAGUGUUGGUGCUAUAAUAAAACUACAAGAAAUGAUGAUAUCAAACAGGACUUUAUUUUUACGAGACACUUUGUUUCCAAUGAAAAGCUCUGCAUUCAUUAAAACAAAAGGGAAUGAAUAAAACUCGUUCAGUUUAUGUAAGGUGACGGAACGUUUGGUAAAUCAGCAGCAAGGAGGCAAAAAUUUGAUGUAGAACAAGCUUCUCCACUGGACAGUCAGAGUCAAAAUGUGGUGCAAUGCAGCGUCCUGUGUGAUCUCCCAAUCCAUUUUUUAAAAAUAUGGUUAACUGUGAGUAGAGGAUUUUGUAAGGAUCAGCACCUCCACUGGGAGGAUAUCUCUGUUUCUCCAUUUGCUGUUGAUGGCCUCAAUAGUGACUGAUAAUGGCGACUGAGAAUAAGGAGCUGCUUUCUAGCAAGUGCAUGAGAAGUGGACUUCCAGCAGUAGCAAUAAGAGUGAGAGGUGUACCACCAAGGGAGAACAGGCUGCUUCCUGAGUAUGGGGACUUUAUGACAGAGUCGUCCAUGAGAAGCAUUUGUUGCAUAAGCAGCACUUUCUGGGGUGGCUAGAGUGCUAGAACAGGGUGGGUAUACCGUCUUAGAGCCAUAGAAGUUAUGAGCAGAAGUAGACCAAUCCAGUCCAUAAAGCCUGCUUCACCAUUCAACAUAUGAUCAUGGCUGAUGCUUGAUCUCAACACCAUACUGCUGCUUUCUCCCUAUAUCUUUGAUGCUUUUAGCCUCUGAAAAUCCAUUUCCAAAUAUAUUCAGUGACUUGGUCCCACAGGACUAAUGAUAGAGAACUCCAAAGCUACACUACCCUCUGAGUGAAGAACUCUUUCCUCAUCUCAGUUUGAAAUGGCUUCCUGUGUAUCCUGAGACAAUUAUACCUUUUCCUGGAUCCAAGACCAGUAUGGAAUGCAUCCAGCCUAUUAGAAUUUUAUAUGGUUCAAUAGGAUUCCCUUUCUUCUAAUCUCCCAGAAUACUUGCUAGGUGACCCAGUCUCUACCCUUCAUGUGACAAUCUUCUGAUCUCCGGAAUCUCCCUAUUUUCCUGAUUUCAUCUUUGAAUAAUAACACCACUCCACCUCCUUUCCCAUUUUGUUUGUCCUUCAUAUAAAUUUAAUGUCUCUGGAUGUUCGUAGUCACCCUGCUUCCAUAGUCUCUGCCAUCACAAUCAUAUUGUACCUGUUUACAAUUAUUUGUGCUGAUAAUUUUUCAUCCUUUUGAAUGUUUUUUUACACUUGUGUGGAAAGCACUUCUGCACUUGUGUUUUUAACAUUUUUAUACGUGUUUUGUGCUGAUGCCCCAAUUACUGCUAGCUCCUGUUUCCUGUGCCUUCCACUUUUGUUUUCUACUCUUCCAUCUUUCAUUUCCAUCUUUAUUUCCCUUAUACUUAUCUCCCCGCUCAGGUUCCCACUCACCAGCCACUAUAAUGUAAAGCCACCCACACAGUACUAGCAAACGCCCCUGCGAAGGACAAAUUUGCUGGGGUGCAACCCGUCCAGCAUAUACAGAUCCCAUCUUCUUUAGGAGUGAUCCUAAUGCUUCAGGAAUUUAAAUCUGUCCCUUCUUCAUAAUCACAGCCAUACUGAACUGUUCUUAAAUAGUUUUAGUCAGAAAAACUCCCAGAACUGUGAGAGUGAGUGUGCGAUUGUAAUGGUGAAUGGAUGUUUGGUAACAGCAUUGGGGUUUGUGACCCAUGGAUUGAGAAGCCCUAGUAUAUCUACUAUGAAGGGGCCUUCGGUUUUUAGCUUGUAUCAGAGAUAAUGGGAACUGCAGAUGCUGGAGGAUCUAAGAUAACAAAGUGUGGAGCUGAAUGAA